UUGGUGGCCGUGAGCGAAAAUCGAAUUGGGGUUCGUAGCGCAGCGCGCUAACCAUUACGCUACCAUUCUACACAGUCAACCACACACACGCAUAGACAGCCACACACACAUGCACACACACACAUGCAGACACGCACACACGCACAGACAGCCACACACACAUGCACACACACACGCGCCCAUAUAUAGAGAGCACAUCCCUCACGCGCGCAGACCGAGACGGGCUGUCGCGUGUGUGCACACACACUCAUCCCGAUCCUACAGACAUUCCGUACGGUAUCAAAUAUUACAUCAUACUAAAUAGCGCAGUGUGAUUCGUGUCGAAUAAUAAUACUCAUUGUAUGGAGCGUAGUGCCUGGACAGCGAUACCGCUGUAGUUGUGCCGUGUCGGAUUUGUAUGAAUUUGCCUUCAGCUCUGAGUGCGCACGCCAGCCUCGUGUGAAGAAUCCACGAUCCAGAAUUGUGCAUCUCGCUUCGUCUUGGCAUCAUCGCUCUCCAACACAGCCUCUGUUCCCCCGAAUCGGUCUCUCACCACCACCAACUCCUCACCCAAACUCACCCCAUCUCCUUAUCCUCGCCACUGUCAUCAUCUUCAGCAGCAGCAGCAGCUACAGCAGCAGCAGUAACGAUGACGGAGCCCAGUCGACGGGAGAUGGAGCUGCACAAUGCCGCUCGGCUCCACCAGCAGAGGCGGCUCAAGCAGAACACGCAGUUCUCACACAAGGACUCGGCUGAUCUCCUGCCCCUGGACGGCUUCCGAAAACUCGAGGCCCAACCUCCUUACUCGCUCCAAAAGCGCCUGCUGGAAACUCACCUCUCCAAGCUGCGCUCCGACCCGCACGCUCCGCUCACCGCCUCUUCCACCACGGAGCCCGCUCAGCUCGCCUCGACCCAGCACACCCAAGCGCCCACCUCCGAGACCCCUUCUCCGACCCCUACCCCGACUCCGACCCCCGAGACCCUCACCCCGACCUCCGAGACCAUCGGGGUCCCGUCUCUGGAAAUCCUCACUGCGGUCCACGAAACCAUCGCUCUGCUCCCGAAAUCCGUCGUGCCGGCGCUGGAGAUGCUGUCCUUGGUGGUCGAGACGAAGGCCGCUGCAGCCGUUCCCCUGUCGCCCGUGCUGGAGAGCCAAUCGUCCCGCGAGGAGAGGGAAGAGGCGGCCACUCGCGAAGAAGAAGAAGGAGGAGGAGGGGGAGCGCCCUCGCACGACUCGCUCCGCGUGCGCUGCAAGUGCUCCGGCGGGGACGCGACGGCCGCGCUGUGCACGACGCGCGCCGCCAACCUCGUCUCCCACGCGUGCGCCAAGCGGCUCCGGCUGCAGGACUGGGGCGAGGAGGAGCGGGGGGAGCCGCGGAGCGCGCGCCCGGCGGGAGCCACGGCGCUGAUCGGGGGGCUGCUGCUGCAGCUGGGAGGCCGCACGCUGCGCUGCUCCGCAUGGGCGAUCGACGACGACUCGACGGACCUGCAACUGGGCCUGGAGACGCUGCGAGACUUGCAGGUGUCGAUAGACCUGGAGAGGGACUGCCUGGUCGUGGGCGGUGAAGUCAAGGAAGAGAUCCCGUUUCUCAAGGAGAGUUAGAACGUGCGAGGACGCGCGGUCGUGUGUGAGCGUGUGGACGUGCGCACGCCACGCACGGCGGUCGAGAGGUGGCCACCGAGAUCCAGUCACAGCUCCCAUAUCUCACGCCCCGCACGCACAACGCAACCACGGCAGCUCCCAAUACAACCAGGCGCAGGCCAACGUAGGACCAACACGUGGACAGCCACUCGGCAUGGGCGUCCUGAUAUAGCGACCACGCUGGAAUUGGGAUAGGAAAUAAGCAAAGUAACUCCUUCAUGUAUCCAUCGCUCCACGUAAGUAAAUAAAUAACCUACUUCUUACUCAUCCCAUCGGCCGCACGGCCUCCUGGGAAAGCAAAACGUCAGCAGCAUUGGUUCAAUUAGAGCAAACUCUGGUAUGGUUUGGACGGUCUCUCAUCAGCCUUGCUGGAAUCAAUGCUGGUGAACUGCCGAUGUUACUGGUAAGGGGACCAUCACUUUAAGAUAUGGGUCAUAGUCAAUGUUGGAAUCGGUUAAUCAGACCACGGAGGUCCACUUGCAUACCCCUCGCAGCCAUCCUUCUUUCAUCUGGUGGAGCGUUGAUCAGGAUCAUUUACUCCGUCUCUUUAGCAACCACCCCAACCCAAACUCUUCAACCCCAGUUACGGGUUUCAAUUGAAACCAGGCACUCAAAUAUGUUCAGCAUUGCAUGUACAGAAGCACUCAGCCUUAUCCAGACCACCAGCUCUAAGGAACUGAAUGGCGACUUUUGUCGUUCAGACCACCUACUCAAAGGGUUGAGAAAACGUGGCUAUCCUUCAACGACAAAAACGGCCAAGUUCAGUUGCUUUGAGCAGACGGUCUGAGGAAGACCGAGUCCUUUUGUACAUACAAUGCUGCACACCUUUGUGUUCCUAAAUCUAUUUGUUUCCAGCCUGCAGUAAAGUUCUUGUUGUGAUGGGCAGUCUCGUAAUUUAAAAAUUUCAACGUCCUUCUCAAACGACGCCCACGAGCCACCACGCCCCGGUGCCCCGUUCCCACGCUCGACGUUCCCCGUUCACACACAAAUCCAGUCGUUAGCAUUGCUGUACGCGCCUGAUAGUUGGUAAACACACAAACCCGUGCCGUGAUGGUUCGCGGAGUGGCGGGGGGGUGAUAGCGUUUGACGAUGCCUUCCUGUCGCGGACCCACUUAACCAGCAGUCGUACGAGAAGGGCAAGUGGGUUGGCAUUUUUAAUUCACUUUCAACGCUCACGCUCUCCGCGUGGCCGAGUCGAGAGCAACAUUUUAACGCCCAAUUCGCGAUAGCCAUGUGUGUUUGUGUGCGUGCGUUGCGGCCGAACGCGAGCGGCCAAUAUAUGAACGAGAAUGUCAGGUUCGUCGACGAGACGCGCGCCACCCCCGGCAAUUACGUCCAACUGUUAUCAGUCGACAGCCAAGGCAUAAUAAAACCAUCCAGGCAAACCGUCCACAAAACCCGCAGUCUGGGCAAGCGCUGGGGUCUCUUACACCCGAGAUUUGGCCGCAAAGCACGUCUGUGGUCACCGCCAGUGGCGCAGCUGUCGAGAGUGCAGGCGGUGCAAUUGCACCGGAGACACCGGAGGGGCCCAGGUGCCACGAUAUGAUGCCGGGGGGGGGGGGGGGGGCAAGGAGACGUAGGGGGACCCAAAGAGAGUUCCUUGCAAAGAGGACCAACAAACGCUUAGACCACCGGUUAACAACCGCAGCUCCAACGCUCGUUUUGUAUGUGAUCAUGUUUUUUAAAGCCGCUUCUUCAGUGUUCUAUACCGUGUGCCUGUGGCGAUUUGAUACAAAUUUACGCAGCCGUAAGAGUACGCAAGUGGCACGCACGUGAUAUUUUGCCGCAUAUUGGAAAUGUGUGUUUUUGAUGUGUAGCGAGCGCGGGGAAACAAUAUGACAACGCGCUGUUAUAUGGAAAUAAAUGUCGCCUAAACA